AUGAGCCAAGAAAACAAGAAGCCAUUACUAUCUGCUACAGGUAACGCUUCGUGCUCUAAACACGAAGAACAAGAAGAAGAAGAGUAUCAUAAUAAUAUGAUCAAUGGCCAAAUGGUCCCUUUCGUAGCUUCGUCAUCGUCUGCCAUGGAGGUAAUUGAAACCCACAAUCGAUAUAAUGAUGUUAAGUACAUGGAGUGCCUGAAGAACCAUGCAGCCGCCAUGGGUGGCACCGCCACCGACGGCUGCGGCGAGUUUAUGCCGGCUGGCGAAGAUGGCAGCCUUGAAGCCCUCAAAUGCUCCGCCUGUCAAUGCCAUCGGAAUUUCCACCGGAAACUCCUCAUAAAAGGAUGCCCAUGGGCGAGGAGCUGCCCUUUGAUAUUUCCUUGUUCACAAAACAAAGGCGCCACGCCGGUUGCGUACAACAAUAAUAAUAAUAAUAAUGAGGAGGAGGAGAAGGAGGGUUUAGAGAUGAGGAAAAAGAGGUUUCGGACGAAGUUCAGUGGGGAGCAAAAGGAGAAAAUGGUGGCGUUUGCAGAGAGAGUAGGGUGGAAGAUUCAGAAAGUUGACAGCUCUGUAGUGCACAACUUCUGUCAAGAGAUUGGGGUGAAGAGGAGAGUCCUCAAGGUUUGGAUGCACAACAACAAAAACAACUUUGCUGGCUUAUCCAAGCCAACAAAUUAAACUAACUACUCUCAUCCUAGCUUCCACCACAAUAAUAUCAUAAUUAUUAUUAAUUAAUUAAUGCAACUUCAUUAAUUAUAUUCACACAUGG